UCCUUUCUUUCUCUUGCAUAUAGACAUAUCUCCUCUCUAUAUACGUAGCAUUGUUUAUAUACCAUCUGCCGUGUCUUAUUCUUUCUUUUCUUUUUUCCGUGAGCUGCGUCGCUCGUUGUACAACUUGUCUAUAAGUUGACUAGAGAUUACUCAACAUGCUCUUCUCUAAACCUGUUCACAUCGCAAAAGCGGAGGAACUCCGCAAAGCGCCUCCCAAGGGUUCUCCAUACUCGGUCCCUCUUCCAGGCUCGGCGAAGCCUGGAAGGAGUCCAGUCUAUCGGGCAUGGAAUAUGCCGAAUGAGCUUCUAACUACGUUAGAUCCCGCGGUUACAACUAUACAUGAAAUGUUCGAGUCAACCGCCAUACGGACACCCAAAAGUCGAUGCUUAGGUUUCCGUCCAUAUGAUUCUAAAACCAAGUCGUUCGGCCCCUACCAAUGGCUCGACUACCAAACCGUUCAACGACGACGAGCAAACUUAGGAGUCGGUCUUGUCGAGUUGCAUAAGAAACACGGCCAUCCAGGAGGUAAACAUGGUGUUGGACUCUGGUGUCAGAAUAGGCCGGAGUGGCAGAUUACAGAUUUGGCGUGCUCUUCCCAGUCACUAUUCUCCGUAUCGCUCUACGAUGUCCUAGGUGCCGAUACCACCGAAUAUAUCAUCAACCACGCCGAGCUCGCCUGCGUCGUUGCAUCCCUUCCACAUAUUCCUACUUUGAUCAAACUGAAACCGAAACUACCGGGUCUCAAAUUUAUCGUCUGUCUAGACCCGCUGGAUGGUGCUGAGCAACCAGGCUUGUCGAAGCGUACUCUCUUGGAUAACAUGGCUAGUGAUCUGGAUUUAUCGAUCUACUCCAUGGAUGAAGUGGAGGAACUCGGCGCAUCUCUCAGCCGCCCCUACAACCCGCCUUCUCCCGAGGACAUUGUCACCAUCAAUUACACUUCCGGCACUACAGGGCCUCCUAAAGGUGUGGUUCUGACUCACAAGAAUGCUGUUACUGCCGUUUCUGUCAGCGUAAUUGUUACGAAAUGGGGUACUGGAGAUGUCUCCCUUUCGUACCUCCCGCUAGCGCACAUUAUGGAACGUAUGUGUGAGCAAGCUGCUUUAUGGGCUGGUGGCGCUCUUGGUUACUACCACGGCGAGAUUUUAGAGCUGGUCGAUGAUUUGAAGACGUUACGCCCAACGGCUUUUGUUUCCGUGCCCCGGCUCUUCACCCGGUUUGCUGGUGCAAUUCGUACGGCUACUGUGGAUGCCCCUGGCUUCAGGGGCGCAUUGUCGCGACAUGUCUUGGACGCGAAAUUGGCAAAUCUUGCCAAUCCAGAUACGAGUAAUGCUACUGAGAAACAUGCUCUCUAUGACCGCAUCUGGACUCGCAAAGUUGCUAGUGCCCUAGGUAUGGACCGAGUUAAGACUAUGGCGUCCGGCUCGGCGCCUUUGGAUGCGUCAAUUCAUAACUUUAUGCGAGCUGUUACGGGAGCUUCCUUCGUGCAGGGUUAUGGCCUCACAGAGUCAUAUGCCAUGGCUAUAGUGCAGAAUAUCGAAGAUCGCUCUACAAACAAUUGUGGUGCUAUUUCACCUGGUCUUGAGGCUUGUUUAGUGUCUAUCCCAGAUAUGGAGUACUCCGUGGAUGACAAACCAUAUCCUCGCGGAGAGCUACUGCUACGUGGCAACCAUAUGUUCCGGGAGUACCUCAAGAAUCCUGAAGAAACGGCAUCCGCAUUCACCGAAGAUGGCUGGUUCCAUACCGGUGAUGUCUGCGCUAUUGAUGAGCUUGGCCGUUUCAAGAUUAUUGAUCGUCGCAAGAACGUUUUGAAGUUGGCACAGGGUGAAUAUAUCUCUCCUGAACGUCUGGAAAAUAUUCUCCUGGCAGAGCACACGUACCUAGCUCAAGCCUAUGUACACGGAGACAGCUUGCAGACUGCGUUGAUUGGUAUUUUCGGAAUUCAACCCGAUACAUUCGCUGCAUUUGCCAGCAAGGUUCUACAGCAGGACAUCAGUCCUACCGAUUUGGAAAGGAUCAAGUCAGUCUUGGAUGAUGACAGGAUCAAAAAAGCGGUGUUGAAGGAUUUUGACCGCACUGCGAAGAAGCAUAAGCUCGCUGGUUAUGAGCGCGUACGCAAGUUUACAUUGAUGAUUGAGCCAUUCAGCAUUGAGAAUGACCUCUUGACGCCAACAUUAAAAAUGAAGCGUCCUCCUAUUGUCAAGAAAUUCCGUGCGUUACUUGACGACAUGUACGCACAACUUGCUGAAGAGCAAUCUGCUCCAAAGGCCAAGCUUUGA